CUGAAGGAGCACCCGGAGAAGGGGGUGUACGUGAAGGGGCUGUCUCUGCACACCGUGCACAGCGUGGGCCAGUGCGAGCAGAUCAUGGAGACGGGCUGGAGACACCGAGCAGUGGGUUACACCCUCAUGAAUAAGGACUCUUCCCGCUCCCACUCCAUCUUUACUGUCAAUAUGGAAAUCUCCACCGUAGACGAGCAAGGGCAGGACCACCUGAGGGCCGCCAAACUCAAUUUGGUGGAUCUGGCAGGAAGCGAGAGACAGUCAAAAACUGGAGCCACGGGGGAGCGUCUCAAAGAGGCCACCAAGAUCAACCUCUCCCUCUCGGCUCUGGGCAACGUCAUCUCGGCCCUGGUCGACAGCAGGUGCAAGCACGUCCCCUACCGAGACUCGAAGCUGACCAGGCUGCUGCAGGACUCCCUCGGAGGGAACACUAAGACGCUGAUGGUAGCGUGUGUAUCUCCGGCUGACAACAACUACGACGAAAGCCUCAGUACUUUGCGCUACGCUAAUCGGGCGAAAAGCAUCAAGAACAAGCCCUGUAUCAACGAGGACCCCAAGGAUGCUCUGCUGAGGGAGUACCAGGAGGAGAUUAAGAAGCUGAAGGCCAUUCUAGCUGAGCAGAUGAGUGUGAAUAACUUGUCAGGUAGGACAGCCCUUCGUGGUUCCGGAGAUGUAGAUCUCGAAGCGGAGAAGCAGCUGAUCAGAGAAGAGUAUGCAGAGAGGCUGGCCCAGCUGAAGGCCAGCUAUGAAGCGGAGCAGGCGUCCCGGGCCCGCCUCGAAGAGGACAUCAGGAGCCUGAGGAAUCACUACGAUCUCAAGCUGUCUGCUCUCGAGGAGAACCUCAGGAAGGAAGCAGGUGUGGACAAGGACCCAGCAAAACCUUGGACUGUCCAGGACGCCAGCGAUGCGAGCGCUGGAGCGGAGGUGGCUGUCACUGCCGAGGGGAUUUCAUUGCCUGCAGACCAGCAGCAGGUGCUCGCCAGGCUGCAGCUGCUCGAGCGACAGGUGGUGGGAGGGGAGCAGGCUCAGAACAAAGACCUCCAAGAAAAGCAUAAACGCCGGAAAAAAUACGCAGAUGAGCGGAGGACGCAGCUGGCGGCCGCGCUGCAGCAAUCCAACGAGGACAGCAGCGACUGGGUUCUGCUUAACGUCUACGACUCCAUCCAGGAGGAGGUUCGAGCCAAGAGCAAACUUCUGGAGAAGAUGCAGAAGAAGCUGCGGGCUGCCGAGACCGAGAUCAAAGAUCUGCAGUCGGAGUUCGAGCUGGAAAAGAUCGAUUACCUCAGCACCAUCCGCCGGCUGGAGCGAGACCUGCUGCUCUUCCAGCAGCUGCUGGAUCCGGGGGAG